AUGAGCGAGUCCCCUUCAAACUAUUGUGCCUACCAUGAUCCUGUUACCGGACAGGCGAGGGUUGGCCAGUUGAACUUUGCAAAGGAAACUAUCAAUCCGCUAAGCUUUAUCUCCGGCACGCACAUCGAGAGUCUCUAUCAAGUCAUUGAGGCUGGCUCAGAGAACAUCGAAGCAUCGGGUGACGCAUUCCCACUGUCUGAAGUCAAGUUGCUUCCUCCUAUACCCGGUUGCGACAUCCUCACGGUUGGCAAAAACCACGCGAUUGAGUUCAAUCUCUCGGCUCUUCCUCCCUCGGACAAGGAGAGUCAUCCGGCUCGUCCUUUGAUUUUCACCAAGCGCGCCACGCCCAUUACCGCCCAUGGCGACCAGGUUCUGCCUCACGCCGAUUUCACCAACAUGAUCAGCUUCGAUGGCAAGAUCGGAGUGAUCAUUCGAAAAUCCGGUUUUCGCAUCCCCGAGAAGGACGCCAUGGACUACAUUUGGGGCUACACAAUCGUCAACGAUGUGGUUGCCGGAGAGAAUACCAGCAUUUCGCCCGACUCUUUUUGUUCCAUGGGGCCUGUUGCAAUUCCGAGCGACAAGCUGCCGGGUGAUUUGAGAAUUGAAACGUCGGUGAAUGGAGCAAAAGGACAUGACUCCAGCCUGAACCAGUUGAUAGCAAGCAUCCCGCGUCUCAUAAAUACUUUCUCUCAGACUCAAACCUUGCGCAUAGGUGAUGUGUUUGCCAUAGGUGCUUCCGAUGGCCUUGGACAGGGUAUUUUACCUAUGGACCCGACAAAAUUCUUGCAUCCUGGAGACGAGAUGAAAAUCUCGGCGUCAGGAUUGGGCUCGCUGGCCAACCACAUUGCAUCUUCUGAUCUGCCUAGCACGACCAUUGAAAGGGCGAAGUCUUUCUCCCACAUUCCUCUCGCCAACUGCAAGGCACGCGAUGGGAAUGGACUUGUUCGGGUUGGCCACAAAAGCUUGUUCAAUCAAGUUCAAGGAAAGCCUGGUGGGCCUCCUAUCAUCUUUAUCCAUGGCUUGGGUGGAUCUUCAAAUUACUACGUGCCACUUCUCCUUCGACUGAGUAGUACUCACGAGCUGCACCUCUUCGACCUCGAAGGACAUGGUCUGUCUCCACUCAACCCCCUCAGCAAAUUGACUAUUGCGUCCUACAUGACCGAUAUCAAGGACCUGUAUAUGCUGCGAGCCGACCGUCCCGCAACGGUAAUUGCCCACUCAAUGGGCUCGCUCGUUGCCCUGAAGCUCGCCAUCAACCACCCCGAACUCACCUCUAAGCUCAUUCUCAUGGGUCCGCCUCCAAGCCCCGUCCCCCAGGCAGGUGUGGAAGGUUCAAUUGCACGCGCAAAUCUGGUCCGUUCUAAAGGAAUGCUGGCCACUGCGGACACGGUCGUCAAUGGUGCAACCUCUGCUCACACCAAGGAUUACAAUCCCGUUGCCAUGGCUGCAGCAAAGCUGUCUCUAAUGGGGCAGGACCCCGAAGGAUACGCAAAUGCUUGUCUGGCACUGGCCAGGUCUGGGUCUGAAACCCUUGAUGUUUCUUCUAUCCGGAUCCCUACGCUUAUUCUGACGGGUGCGGAGGAUGCGGUGGGCUCUCCCGAGGUCUGUCGGAAAUAUGCUGAGUCUAUUGUCGGUGCUCAGGUUGUGGUUUUGCCGGAUGUUGGACAUUGGCAUUUAUUUGAGGAUGUUCGUGGGGUUUCCGGUGCUAUUGUGUCGUUUUUGUAG